AUGGAUUCGGCGGUCGUGACGUCACGGUGUGACGCAUCGCCGAGCUGCAUGCGAUCGAGCGCGCGCGCGCGAGCGAUCGAGCGCGCGGGCGAUGGACGACGACGAUGCGAUGGUCGAUCGACGCGCGCUCGAUCGCGCGUGACGCGCGCUGAACGAGAGAACGCACGCGAUGGGAGCGAGGACGACGCCCCGGACGCGCGCGCGGCGUCGACGGAGAAGAAACCGCUCCCGGGAUCGGGCGUGAAUCUGUACGAUCCGGUGGCGACGAUGUCGAGAAUGUUGACUCGACGGUUCGGAAUCGUCGGUGGACUCGGACUCGUCGCCGCGCUGGGGGCGGUGGAGGGCGGGGAGAUCAUCAAGGCGUUGCUCGAGCGCGACGUCGAGGCGUCCGGAGAAACGUUCGACGUGGAAUCGCGCGCGGGAGUGGUGGGGAUCAGCGCGAGUGACUCGCGAAUCGGUGGGGGGAAGAGUGCAUCGAGAGGUGAUUUCGUCGGGGUGAACUUGGUGUUCACCGACGCCGAGUCAGGGACGGAGUACUUGAACACGAAGAAGAGCGGGCGACCGGUGGCGUUCACCUUUGAAAAGGGCAAGCUCAUUCCGCCGAUUUGUCAAGCGGUCGAGGAUGGGGUGCGAACGAUGAAACGAGGAGGUGUGAGGCGAGUGUACGCCCCGAGCGAGGCUGCGUUCGGCGAGCGCGGAAUCGUAUUAGCAGACGGGACGAGAAUCCCAGGAAAUCGAGACUUGCUCAUCGACGUCACGCUCGAGGAAGUUUCCCCUGGAUAUGUGUAA